AAUAACAGCUUAAACGUCCAUCAUUGUCACUUAAAUAUUCCACGAGAAGGGGCUUAGUAUCAACGUUAAAUAAUAGGUUUUCUAUUUUAAAGAAAAGUAAGAAAUGUCAGAAAUAAAAAAUAAAAUGUGUCAGAAAUAAAAAGUCCUCAGAACAAUGAAAUUUUUCGAGCAGUCAUAUUUUACGCUACCAAGAAAUUUUGCUCGUUCGAUAGGUCGAUGGCCGUACCAGUCGAGUUUACAAAGUUUCCUGAUAGGGAUCGUCAUUAUUUCUGCGUUCAUUUUACAAGUCGGACCAAAAAUACUAGCUGACAUAGUGCACUCUGAUGAUCAAGAACUAAUACUCGAAACAUUGGCACCGACUAUAACGAACGUUAUGGCAUUUGCUAAAUAUAUUAACACUUUUGUCAAUGCAAGAAUGCUUAAAAUACUUUUUGAAAGGAUUAAAGAUGAUUGGGAAUCAGUGACGGAUAAAAGAGAAAAGAUUAUCUUAGAAAGCUAUGCAGGAUUUGGAAAACUUAUGGCGACUGGAUACGCAGGGUUUGUAUACGUAGCGACUGUGCAGUUUAUAACGGAACCGGUGUUACCGAUACUAUUAAAUAAUAUUUUGAAAACGAAUUUAUCUGCUCCCCAUAAAUUUGCUGAUCCAAUGGAAUGGAUCAUAAUUGACAAAGAAAAAUAUUAUUGGUUAUUGUUAAGUAAUUCUAGUAUCUGUAUUAUGGUGAUUCUAACAGUGUUAAUUUCUUAUGACGUUAUAUUUAUAACUUUUGUAUACCAUGCCUGUGGAUUAUUUGCAAUUACAGGUCACCGAAUUGAAAAUUUGCCAAAUGAUGAAAGUUUGAAAAUUAUCAACAGAAAACGAAAUUCCCUGAAAAACUCACAUGAUGUUCAUUACAAACAUCUGGUUUCAUGUAUAAGAAUUCAUAGAAUGACUUUGAAAUAUGUCGAUUUAAUUGAAAGCACUUUUGCUGGGUGCUUCGGAGUUGUAGUAGGAUUAAAUUUGCCGCUCAUGAGUAUUACCGGCGUUCAGAAAAAAAAAUGUAAUGAAAUUUUCCAGAUUAUUGCACUAUCGGGCACGUUGCAGCAGAAAAUAAAAUACGUAAUGUUUACCGGAGCUCAGAUGCUACAUCUCUUUUUCGAAUGUUUUUUAUCCCAGCAAUUGACGGAUAUGAGCUUACGAGUUCAACAACACAUAGCUAAUGGAAAGUGGUACAAUAUUUCGACAAAGUCACAAAAAUUGUUGAUCUUGAUGACAAUGAGAAGUCAAGCGCCAUGUAUUUUAACCGCAGGAAAAAUUAUGGGUUUAUCUAUAGAAAGCUUCGGAAUGAUGAUGAAAACAUCCGGAUCAUACUUUACUGUUCUUCUAUCCAUGCAAUAA